AUGUCGAAUUUUCAUCGGCCCUUCCGUGCGCAGCAGCAAGCCGAUGCACCUCCUGAAACGGCAGUCCACGACGAGCCCGAGGUCAUCGAUCCCAACCUCUACGGCCCCUUCGGCCAUCGAUAUCACGACAGCGCUGUCGACGUCCCGCAUCACGCUGAUCCGAGCCACGCCGCGCAUCCCUCGGCUACAUCCUGGCACGAUGUAGAGACUUCGGAGCAGCACCGACAUCACACCAUCGGUGCCCACGCACAGCCGGUGGACCCGCAGCUGCAGACCGCCAUCCCGCUUGGGGACCUUUCCCGAAAGCACUCUGCGACGCAGUCCAUCUCGGCCGCGAGUCAGCGAGGCUUUGUUACGCAUGCAGCACCCAUGGCCGUCGAGUACACGCAGGACAGCAGAUUUACGGUGCGCUCCAGCUUCGAGAAAGCGCCAAUCGGCGCAGGCUCGCGUGCCUCGCACUCGCAUCUGCGCCGCAGGUCCAAAGGUUUUGGAACGCACCACUCUCGCGCCGGAAGUUUGUUCGAUCUGGUGCACGGCAAGGAGAGGAGCAAGAUGUCUGAUAAGCCGCACAUCGAAGUGCAUGGCGAAGACGUGCCUAUCACAGUGCGCCACCUCAUCAAGCGGCCCAUCAUCCGCCAGUGGCUUCACGGCAACAAGCUUUACCGCGAAAGGGACGAGCGCAAACCUUCGCAGUUUGAGCUCGUCUUCGACCUCAUCUUUGUCGCCGUCGUCAAUGGCCUCGGUCACGCCACCGCCGAAAGCAGCUCGGCGAUCAACGUGCUCAAGUUCGCGCUCUCCUUCUGGCCGUGCUUCUCGCUAUGGACCGACGUGAGGCUCUUCCUCAACACCAGCGGAACGGACGACAUGCUCGAGAGGCUGCUCAUGCUGGGCUGGAUGAUCUUGCUCGGAGGAUAUUGUGCCAACGUGUCGGGAGUAGAGCUGAUCAAGGCCACGCCCGAGCUGCUGGCACAGCUGCAUAGCGAGGAGGCGACGGGCGAGGCACCUUCACAGAUGAAUGCGCACGGUAUCGUUCAAGAGCUCGAGUCCAUCUUCCGCCGUGCAGCCUCGGCAGAGUCCGCAGGGGCGGAAGAGGUGAAGCUCGCAGUGCCCGCGUUCGGCGGCUACUGGUUUACUGAAGGGUACAACCGUGCUAUUCACGCCGCGAUCGGUUUCUUCCUCGUGUCCAAGCUCUGGAGACUGGGCAUCUACAUCUACUACGGCUUCCGUCUGCCCAAGUUUCGAAAGGCGCUGUGGCUCAAUGCGCUGGCCAUGACUGUCAUCGCAGCGAUCUACAUUCCGAUCACGCUUACCGACAGUCCGCUGCUGAUUCUGAUCCUGAUGGGUGCCGGCAUCGGCGUCGAGCUUGCUCGAGCCUAUGUGGUGGCUGCGGCUAUCAAGCUGUUCCACAAACGCUCCAAACGCACGGGCAACCACAUGUUUAUUCCUGCCCAAUCGCACGAGCACUCGAUCGAACGCUAUGUGCUUUUUGUCAUCCUCAUCGUCGGCGAGUCGAUCAUCAGCAGCAACUUUGUCGCUCGUCCAGGCAGCUUCGGUCUCAAUCACGAGUUCGGUCGCAUGGCACUCGGCAUCACCAUCAGCGUGCUGGUCAUCUGGAUCUACUACGACGCCGACGGCAGCCGUGUCUAUCAGCAUGCGCUCCGCCGCAACUCAUUCACCAGCAUCACCUUUGGCCACAUCCACUACCCUCUCACUGCCUCGCUCAUCCUCAUGGCCGCCUCGCUCUCGGCGCUCAUCUCCAACACAAAGAUCAAGGGCGGCUACGUGUGGUACUUUGGCGGCUCCAUCUCGUGCGUCAUGUUGUGCCUCGGUCUCAUCGGCAUGAUGCAUCGCAAUCUCGACGUGUACGGAUCGACGCUGGUGCCGCGCUGGGCGCGCAUCACCGUACGAUUCCUUGCCGCCAUCGAGUUUGGCCUGCUCCCGCUCAAGUCCGACUGGAAGUCGCUCAAUCUGCUUGGCACCGUCGCGGCAAGCCUCGCAGCGAUUGUACUCUUUGAGACGCUCGGCAAAGUCGGUGCCGUCGGUCGUCGAUUCGACGCGGACAAGAGUCAGGAGCUGUACGCCAACAUGGAUGCCACUGGCGAGAAGAAGCUCAAGCUCGACAAGAGAGCCAGCUGGCAUCCCUUCGACGAUCUCACUCCGGGAGAGCUCGGCGAAGAGGACGUCGGCAUCGAGUCCGAGAUCGGCCAUCUUGAAGAGAAGGACCUCACUCAUGGUCAGCGCCGCGACGAAAGCAGUAGCGCCGCUAAAAGCAAGAAGAUCAACCAGCGGCGCAAGGAGGACGAGGUUUCAGACACCCUACUCACUGCAUCUCGCCUUGGAGGACAGGCUGCACGGAUCGAAAAGGCUAUCUCCGAUCGCUUUUCGGGAUGGAAGCCGACGCCGGGACCGAGCUCGCGGCGCAAUGCGGGACGACCGCCACUCUCACCCGAUGCAAGGAAGAGUCUGGCACGCGCCACUUCACCAAGCAACCUCGAGCAUCUUCUGGGUGCACAUUCGAAUGCAGUGCUGUCCGAGUCGCUGACGGAUGUAGACAGUGCAAGGCCAGGCGCCAAAAUCUCGGCACGCGACUUUGUCAUGCCACGCAGAGACCUCAGACCAGGCGACUUCGUCGAGAUUCGACGCAAGGUCGCCACCAUAGGAAUCGUUCUACCCGUGCCGGAAGAUGAAAUGCCCAUAGAGACGGAUGCGGACGACAAGAGUAAAAAGGUCGGGCACAAGGACUUGUACGUGCUCGUCACUACGGGGUCCGUUGUGCUGUACAGGGAUACAGAUGUGAUGUUCCAGAUCCCCAACGUCAUCGAGCCUGAGCUCGUGCAGGCUGCAGCCCCGACUAGCAGGAGAUUCGUCGUCACCACCAACAGUCACGAGACGCCCGUGGACACCGAUGGCAGCUACGAAGAUCACUCGGCUGGCACAAGUGCAGAUGCCGAUCCGAUUGAUGGUGCCGCGCUGCAGGAAGAGCCGAUCGACCAAACGCGCUUCGAGGCGCGCGCAGCAAUCUGCACCAAGAUGCGCAUCCUCGAGCGCCAGAAGGAGCGAGAACUGCAGCGGUUGCUUCCAAGCUUCCAGUCGCUGUUCCUCGUGCCUGGUGCUUCGCAGCAGUCACGCGAGGUGGCGAAACUCAGGAACAAGAGGACGGACCUACGCACGGGAACGAUCACCACUUACGAGGCGGCGAAACUCAUGCAGGAGCUGUAUGAAAUGCGGGCUUCCAGAGCUCCGAACGGCAAGAAGAAGGUGGGUUCCCGGGAGCCCGCGCCGUUUACGGCAAGCACCGUGUACGCAGCGUACGCGUUGCUCAUCGAGCAGCCAUCGCAUUUCCUGGCGGACGGACUGUCGCACCGCAAAAGUCAGCUGUUCAACUGCCGCAGCGAAGCCGAGCGUGCCAAUCUGGCCACGAUCUCCGGCUGGAUUGCCGCUCCUGCAGGCUCGGAAGGCCAAGGCUUCAUCGAUUCCUUUUGCCGCAAGGCAAGCAAGGUCCGCCAAUGGUCUGAAUCGCAGCAGUACGAUGCGUCCGGCGCUCCGAGGGUCAUUGAUACGCCCGAACCACUCAAGGACAUAGAGUGGACUGCGGAGGACCGGGCGAUCAUCGAGUUCUUGCAAAUCAGUCUGGGCUCGCGCCGCGAGCUGCAGGCCGACACUCACGGCAGCAUCGCCAGCGAGAUCAUCAAGCGCGCCGGUGGACAUUUCCGUCUGCUACCGCAUCCCAACACCAAACAGCUGCUGGGACUCGACGAGGCCGCGCGAAUGCUCCUGACCGACAGCGAGCAGCUGCUGGGCAGGGCGAUCCUCGAGACGGUCGGCACGGAUCUAGCGGGAGGGCCAGACCUGCAGCACGCGCUUGUGACGCGGUUCUUGACCGAGAUCGGUGCGAUGCCGCCGUGGCGGAACCCGACUCGACUCGAUGCGACCUUCCGCAGCGCGAUGAUGAGCGAUGAUGGCGGCGAGCCCGAGCGCGAUCCGACGGAGGCCGAACGAGCCCAGCCAACCGUGGUGGACAGCAAGAGCAUCGCGAAGACAUUCGGCGUGUCCACGGACGAGCAGGUGGAAGCGAUCCGACACGAUUUUGGCAGGGACCAUCCGGUGUAUGUCAUCGACGACGAGACAGCGUUCGAGCUCGAUGACGGCGUAUCAGUCGAAUCCGUUCCGGGAAGAGAGAAAGAGCAGGCAUGGGUGCAUGUGCACAUUGCCGAUCCAACGGCGUGGAUGCAGCCGGGUGACAGCCUGGCCAAGCGUUCGGAACGCCGUUUCUCGACGCUCUACUUCCCCGAAGCACGCUGGGCGAUGCUGCCCGACGACUUUGUCCGUAGCGGCGUUGGUCUUCGCUCCUCAUCCUCCUCCGACUCAGGGGACCACUCGGAGGGUCAGCGCGUGAUGACCUUCAGUGCGCUCGUCGACCUUUCCUCCGGUCUCGUACAAGACACCAAGGUCCGUCCGGCGUUCGUACACGAUGUCCAGGCGAUCACAUACAAGCGCGCGAGCGAGUUGAUUGCCGGCGCCCCGCCUGCGGCGUCCGAAGCGCGUCGUGCGGCGGAUCUCUCGUUGCUGAGCCUGGUGGCGACGCGACUGAGCGAGAACCGCACGCGCAGCACGGCAUUGUUUCCGCACAGGCCCACGUCGUCGGUAAGCGUGGCGCCGCUGCCGCUGCCGGACGUGCCAGCGUCGGCAUCGGCAUUGCAGAGGCCGUAUUUCUUUGCCGGCUUCCCGCAGAUCAGCCUGUCGUCGCGGGCAUUGGAUUCGCAGCAGGGCAAGAAGGACGAGGUGCCAGCGAUGGCGAAUUUCGUGGUGGCCGAAUUCAUGAUUCUUGCCGGACGAGUCGCUGCGGCAUACGGAGCUGAGCAUGGGCUCGCGAUGGCGUACAGGUAUCAAAAUGCACCGCAGACACGGUCGGUCAUCGAGGAGCUGCUGGCGAUGCGCACCAACAUGCCGGAUCUGAGCACGGUAGGUGCUCCUCCUGUAUCGCCGAUUGAUGACAGCGGGCUCAUCGCACACGGCUUGGUUCCGUAUGACGACCUGAUCCAGCGUGGAAUCACGCUCGGCUCUGGUGGCUAUUCGGUGCGAUUUGGUCCGCACUUCUCGCUCGGAAUCACGGCGGGUACAGAUAGCCCGUACGCCCCACUGCCGCACAUGCGAGAUGCUCUCACAAACGGAGGUUACGUGCGCACGACUAGUCCGCUGCGUCGCUAUCCGGACAUUCUGGCGCACUGGCAGCUCAAGCACCACCUGGUGCAUGGCAAGCCGCGCUUCGGCGAGCACGACAUCGAACGCCUUCUGCCGCAGCUGGAGAGGCAAGAGAUGAGCGGCAAACAGCUCAUGCGCAUCUCUGAGCGUUUCUGGCUUCACCUUUUGCUCCAACGCUCCAUUUUGGGCACGGAUGCUGGAGCAGGCCUCCUCAAUCGUCCGUUGACGGCGGUCGUCGCACUGUCCGAGGUGCGAGUCAACAUUCAAACUCUGACCGCGCGCGUGCGUGUGCACAUCGAGGAACUCAACCUUCCCGCGGACCUCGAGUGGGAGACGGACGGACCGCUGCCUGAAAGCGGCAAGUCAUACAAGGUCGAACCUGUCGCCGUCAGCAUGGCUGGCAUCCGCGCUGCUCUCCUUGUGCGCCGCGUAUGA